CUAUCCCAGUUCAUGUUUCUGUGAUUUUCUUGUUGAUAACCUUUUCAAUAGUAAAUAGUUUAUAUUUAAUUGAAUACAUUAAGCCAAAUUAUUACCAUAGGUUACCGUACCUACAUCCUUAUGAAUACCUAAUAUACCUACAGAAGAUCAAAACGAAAAAAUGGACUUGCAAGUAGAACAUUUGUACUUGAGAACUGACGGAUUGAUAAGGGUAAUGAACAUCUUGGCUGGUUUGAACGACGAAAACGUUCAUAGUUUUAAAAAAUUGGAAAGUAUAGUUUCUACUAUAAAAGUGAGAUUGGACCAGCUAGCAUCAGUUAUGGAAGCUAAAAAAUCAUCUAUUAAUGAAGCUGAGAAUCUUUGUGAAAAACUUGACUACUAUCAGCAGUAUUUGGAACAUCUUAAAUCUUUUUCAGCAGACUUGCCUGAUGUCCCUGUUGAUCAUUUCAAUGAGAUUGAGAGUGAAAAAGUGUCAGCCGAAGUGUCGCCAUGCCCGCAGUCAUGGUCGCAAACCCUGGGGACCCCAUUAGGUGCGCGCUCCAACCUGAAGAGCGUCCAGCAUGAGGAACAACAAGAAGAAAAUGACUGCUUCAUUCCACAUGUCUCUGUGCAAGAAGUCGACUCUCUUCACAAGUAUAUGAGGGGUAGACUAACAGCUGAUAGUAUAAACAGCCUUGUCAAUGUUAUCAACUCUGCUUUGAUGAAGAAAUACACCAUUUUGAAACAAAAGAAAAGUAGUUUGAAGAAUAGUGAGAAAGACAUGCAUUUGGAUUGGAAGACCUUGGAAAGAAAUGCGAACAUUGGUGCAGGUCAGUUUUACUUCACCGCUGAGGAUAUAAUGGCCUUGGAAGGAUACAAACUCGACAAGAACGCUUACAAUAUCAUUGUGAUUCUCAGACACACGAAGAGACUGAAAGAAAUGCGAUUUCAAUCAAAACUCCUGUAUAUUCUAACCUAGGAUAGAUUUUUGUUCGCAUGGUACCAACAUACAAACAGUUUUAUCUACUUAUUGAAGGCAUCAAAAUAAUUAUUGAACCAACACUGAAAUGCGUCACACAGUGAACAAUUAGACAACUUUUUCAAAGUUCAACGCAGUUCUUCAGAAACACUUGUAGAAUAGUUUGCGACUGAUAAUGAUUUCUGUACUAACCUACUAUUAAAAUGUUGAGAGCGAGGAGGUAAAAAUCUUGUCUAUAAUAUGUUUGGAAACGUGAUUUUAAAUUAACAGGUGCACUCAUCCCUUUUCCACUACAAUAUUUCAAGAAUUUCUAUUUACAACACUUUACACAAAAUAUUGUUAUAUUCAUAAUGUAUACCUACUCAAUUCUAAUUCAAUUAGAAUAGUCAACAUUUCUUUGAUAAAUUGUCAUCAUUUAUAGAUUUCAAGUGAUAUUCUUACUUCAAGUGAAAGAAAAAACUUAUUCGUUUUGAAAUUCAUAGAUUUGAUCAAUCAGUACAAUCAUGUCAUUGCAAACGCCUGAAGUUAUAAAAAAAUCCAGACAGAUUAUAAAAUAAAUUUGAAAGAUGAUAUUUUAGUCAACUUUACUGAUCAAUUGAAACUGUUGGAGUUUCUUUCUAAUUUUGGCAACAGAUAUGUGAAAAGUUGAUUUUACAGUUCUCAAUAUUGUGGUACUAAACCGAAUUUAUGAUUAUGUUUAAUAAUAAUAAUUUUUGUUUCUUUUAAAUCGUUUGAAAUAACUGAAACACUCUUGAGUCAUUUGCUCAAGCUCAUACAGAAUACGUGUUUCUAACUCUCACUCUUGAAUUUGUAACCUUGGAACUUUUUAUAAAAUAUGUAUGCAUAUAGUAUACUGAACAGAGUAUCUGGAAAUGUUUUUAAAACAAAAAAAUCCGCUUUCCAUUUGGAUUGGAUACAUGAUAAGAACUAACUAUUGACGGACCUAUUUUUGAUCUCUUAUGUUUUGAUUCCUUAUGUGUAGUUUUCUAAAUAAAUUACUGUCUAAAGUAUUUUCAUUGAGUUAAAUGUCCAUCUACACUCCAAUCAUGAAAAUUUCAUAUUUUUCUUGAUUUAAAAGUAGGUUUCAUGAUUACUAGGAAGGUGAAUAGAAAGUGAUUUACAUAGAUCUUCGUAAGUACAGUAAAAUUUUCACAAAGUGGGUUUUCCAAUGUUAAUGAAUUUCAAGUAUUAGCUCUAGCACCACCUUAUAAAAAACUGGAAAUCUGUAGAAUCUGAUAUUCAGCGAACUUUCACAAUGUUUCAAUUGACAUUGAUAAAUAAUAAUGAAUUAUACUUUCUACUCAAGUUCAUUUUCAUCCAUUAAUUGUUGAGUAACCAAUAAAUUUUCAUUGAAUUGUACUUGAUGAUGGUUCAUAAACUGAAUAAAAUUAUAACACUCUGGAAACCGUUCUUUUUAUAGAUAUUCCAUUAUGAAUAUUUUCAACCUCACACUUGAUUAUGCUUAGAACUCGAACAAUCACAUCUCUUACCUUUAAUAGAAACUCUAAAA